CUUUUCCUUUUUCCUCUCAUGCAAUUUGAUUCCACACAUCACACAUGGAAUAAAGCAGAGAACGACUCGUGUUUUGGAUCAGAUUUCGUAUUUUGUUUGGCUGCUCAGAAAACGGAAGAAAGAAAAGAAAUUCGAGUCGUUUUGUUGACUUUUGUUUGUUUAUUGCAACCAAACAGGAGGUUUAGUUUUGGGAACGGUGAAGAUGCAGACAAGGUACAUGGAGAGAUCGAAUAGUAUGGCGAGGGAGAAGCGAGGUUUGGAUUCGUCUUCAGCUGAAGAAGGGCAGCCAGAUAGGAAACGGCCUGCUCUAGCCAGUGUAAUUGUUGAAGCUCUCAAGGUGGAUAGUCUGCAAAAGCUUUGCUCGUCAUUGGAGCCGAUUCUACGUAGAGUUGUUAGUGAAGAGGUGGAGCGUGCUUUAGCAAAAUUAGGCUCUGCCAAACUUACUGGAAGCAGCAGGUCUUCUCCUAAACAAAUUGAAGGGCCUGAUGGAAGACACUUGCAGCUGCACUUUAGGUCUAGGUUGUCUCUUCCUCUCUUUACUGGUGGAAAAGUAGAAGGGGAGUGGGGUUCUGCAAUCCCUGUUGUCUUGAUUGAUGCAAAUACAAAGCAGGUUGUGACAUCAGGCCCAGAGUCUGUGGUGAAACUAGAUGUUGUUGUGCUUGAAGGUGAUUUUAACAACGAGGAUGAUGAUAACUGGACCCAAGAAGAAUUUGAGAGCCAUGUGGUGAAAGAGCGUGAAGGAAAGAGGCCACUUCUGACUGGGGAUCUGCAAGUGACUCUGAAGGAAGGUGUAGGAACACUAGGGGAGCUAACAUUUACUGAUAACUCUAGCUGGAUUAGAAGCAGAAAAUUCAGGCUAGGACUGAAAGUUGCCUCAGGCUAUUGCGAGGGCAUUUGUAUACGGGAAGCAAAAACAGAUGCCUUUACUGUUAAGGAUCACCGUGGGGAAUUAUACAAGAAACACUACCCACCUGCUUUACAUGAUGAGGUCUGGAGAUUGGAGAAAAUUGGAAAAGAUGGCUCAUUCCACAAGAGACUGAAUAAAGCUGGAAUUGUUACAGUUGAAGACUUCCUACGUCUUGUGGUUAGAGACUCGCAGAGAUUGCGGAAUAUUCUUGGAAGUGGCAUGUCGAAUAAGAUGUGGGAUGUCCUUAUACAGCAUGCAAAAACCUGUCUUCUAGGUGGGAAACUCUAUGUCUACUAUCCUGAUGAUGCAAGGAAUGUUGGCGUUGUUUUUAACGAUAUCUACGAGUUGAGCGGCUUAAUUACCAAUGAACAAUUUUACUCUGCCGAUUCACUCUCGGACAGUCAGAAGGUCUACGUGGACGGUUUGGUGAAGAAGGCAUAUGACAACUGGAUGCAUGUGAUGGAGUAUGAUGGAAAGUCUCUUUUAAACUUUAAGCAGCAGAAGAGUCCAGAGGCUUCUCUACCUGAGGUUCCAUUGGCCACACAAGAUUAUCCAAACUCUUUUGAUCAAUUCACCCUACCUAGCCUUCCAGUUUCAGUUUCUGCAGAACAGCCUAUUAUGGACUCGGGCCUAAGUGUAGGAGGUUAUAAUGAUGGCAUGGCUACCAGAUUCUCAACACAGAACGUAAAUCUCAGUGCUCCCAUUCAGCUUGAUGGCUUGGCAUUUCCUCUACAGAAUCAGUUGCCUAGCACUUCAAACCAGGCUCAUUUUCAAAGAAAUGAAAACAUGCUUGCCCUUGGUCCACCACAGUCAUCCACAUCAGGGUUCCAGAAUAUUGGUACACCCAAUCUUACUUCUUAUAGGGGAGUUGAGGACCUCUUUCCAGAGGAAGAAAUUCGUAUGAGGAGCCAUGAGAUGCUUGAAAAUGAAGAUAUGCAGCAUCUACUUCGUUUCUUUAACAUGGGUGGUCAAGGUCACAGUCAUGGUCACGGUUACGGACAUGCCUCCAUGAACGUUACUGAAGACAAUUAUCCUUAUUCCACAGCAUACAUCCCCACUCCACCAGUGAACUACAGUAUUGAUGAUGAUCGCAGUCGUUCAUCUGGAAAAGCUGUUGUUGGCUGGCUCAAGCUCAAGGCAGCCCUUAGAUGGGGCAUAUUCAUCAGAAAGAAGGCUGCUGAGAGACGGGCACAGCUAGUUGAGUUGGAUGAUUCAUAAAUAUGACUUGUACGAGGCAAAGCUGAUCGGAUUUUGGUGUCUCUAGGCUUUCGUCUUCCCUGCCUCCCUGAUUCCUGUCAUGCUGCAGCUUCUAACACAAUGGAGGACUAUGGUUGUGGGCGGAUAUCAAUGGAUAAAACCUUAAGUUCUAGCUGUCCUGCUGUUUCUUGGAAUACAAGCCUGACAUUCUUGGGACCGCUCUGCUUGUACAGUUCGUGUACAGUAAGCUUAUGUCUUCUAUUGACACCUGCUUUUACAGUUGUGUUUUACUGCUGGCAACAUAAAACAACAUUCUUGCCUGCAAGUUCUGAAACCAACAGGAGUUGAGCUGUUUCAACUGAAGGCCUUUGCUAAUCUGAGAAUAGCAUUUCGGAGGGGAAACUUUCCUGUAUAACUAGAGAGUCGGCGAAGGUUUUUUCUUGUUUACAUUUGUAAGUGAUUAUGAUAGUAUGAGGGUAGGCGAGUUCUACAGUCAUUUGCUAGUAUGCUGAACUUUUAUCAUGCCGUUAAUUUGUGUUAGUGGCGAUCUGACACGACUAAUGUGCGUUUUGUGUUGCUUUGUAGUUCUAGAUUAAUAAUUAAAAUUAUUGGAUGAUCGUUUCAUGUUUUCACAUUUCAUCAGCAAUAAGAAGCUUUAUGUUGAU